CUAACAAAAACCCACCGCGAACAGAUCGUCCUCGAAACCGAAAUCACCAACACGGCCGCCAUCAAGCUCUACGAACGGCUAGGAUUCCUGCGCAGCAAGCGGCUCCAUCGGUAUUAUCUGAACGGGAACUCGGCUUAUCGGCUGGUGUUAUAUCUCAAG